CAAUAAAAUAUAAAAGCCCUGCCGUCGUUCUCACUCCUCACCGGUCCAGUCCACGUCUCGUCUUUCACUCAUCGCUCCCUUCCUCCGCUCCGCUCCGCUCCCCUCCGCCCCCGCCCUGCAACUCCUCUCUUUUUGCUUUUGUCUUUGAGGAGAAGGAACCAGGUUUUCUCUCGAAGACCUCACGCAGGCAGGCGUGUUCUUCUCUUCUUGUUCGGGCGAGGUAGGGAGGCAUUAAAGGAUUUGGGAAUUGGACAAUAUUCGCCACAUUACGGAUUCGCAUCACGUGGUUUUGAAUAUUCUUACUUAUGUUGUAUUGAGUCGGAAGAUGCGUACAAAUUUUGGAGAAUUAAGAGCGUACACAUUGUAAUUGAUUGUAGGUUGGGAGUUUUAGUUAAUUUGUUGAUUUUUUGGUAAAAUGGCGGCUUCGUCUUCUAGAGGAAGGAGCAGUUCGCCGUUUGGUUAUCGGAAGCCGUCGAGUCCUUACUCAUCUACGUCGUCUUCAUCUUCGAUGAUGAAUGGUCGAUUAAUACCGCGCUCAAGCUCAAACUCUGCGUCGCCCUUCGGCAUUAGCGGCUCUAGAUCCAUGGUGCCGCACCAAAGUAGAGGUGAUUAUUCUCGAAGCCGGACGCCGGUGAGUUAUCCGUCGAUGGAAGAGCUGGCGGUUGGAGAGCCAACUGAAACUGUGUCAAAAUCGGGGGAUAGCAUUUCGGUGACGAUUAGAUUUCGACCUAUGAGUGAAAGGGAAUAUCAAAGAGGAGAUGAGAUCACAUGGUACGCAGAUGGUGAUAAAAUUGUUCGGAAUGAGUAUAAUCCAAUGACUGCAUAUGGAUUUGAUAGAGUCUUUGGGCCUAAUACAAACACUCAAGAAGUGUAUGAAGUUGCUGCACGACCUGUUGUUAAGGCUGCAAUGGAAGGAGUAAAUGGAACUGUAUUUGCUUAUGGUGUUACCAGCAGUGGAAAGACAUACACUAUGCAUGGAGAUCAAAACUCUCCAGGGGUUAUACCAUUGGCUAUAAAGGAUGUUUUCAGUAUAAUUCAAGAUACUCCAGGCCGUGAAUUCCUACUUCGUGUGUCAUAUCUUGAAAUCUACAAUGAGGUGAUUAAUGACUUGCUGGAUCCAACAGGACAGAAUUUGCGUGUGAGGGAGGAUGCACAGGGAACUUAUGUUGAGGGCAUAAAGGAAGAGGUUGUUUUGUCCCCUGGACAUGCCCUUUCAUUUAUUGCUGCCGGAGAAGAGCAUCGACACGUUGGGUCAAAUAAUUUUAACCUAUUCAGCAGCCGUAGCCAUACAAUAUUCACAUUGAUGAUUGAAAGUAGUGCACAUGGUGAUGAUUAUGAUGGUGUGAUAUUCUCACAGUUGAACUUAAUUGAUUUAGCGGGAUCUGAAAGCUCUAAAACUGAAACAACUGGUUUAAGGAGAAAGGAAGGAUCUUACAUCAAUAAAAGUCUUCUGACACUUGGAACAGUAAUAGGAAAACUUAGUGAAGGCAAGGCAUCCCAUGUUCCUUACCGAGAUUCAAAGCUUACCCGACUUCUACAGUCCUCACUAAGUGGGCGUGGUCAUGUUUCGCUUAUAUGUACAGUUACUCCUGCAUCUAGCAAUACAGAAGAAACCCACAACACCUUGAAAUUUGCCAGCAGGGCAAAACGUGUUGAAAUAUAUGCCUCCCGCAAUAGGAUCAUUGAUGAAAAAUCGUUGAUUAAGAAGUAUCAAAAAGAAAUAUCAUGUCUCAAAGAAGAGCUCAAUCAACUUAGGAGGGGAAUGCUUGUCGGUGUCAACCAUGAGGAAAUUAUGGUCUUAAAGCAGCAGUUGGAAGAAGGGCAAUUCAAAAUGCAAUCAAGAUUGGAGGAGGAAGAAGAAGCCAAGGCUGCUUUAAUGAGCAGAAUUCAAAGGCUAACCAAAUUAAUACUUGUUUCGUCUAAAAAUACAUUACCAGGAUAUAUGAAUGACACACCAUCUCGUCAACGGAUUCAUUCUGCGUCUGAGGAUGGCAAGUUGGAUGUUCUGCGGGAUAGUUCUGUAAAACUCAAUGACGAAAAUCAGAAAGAGUCUUCUCCAUCUUCUGCUUUAACCAUCACAUCUGAUGCACACGAGUUUAAACACAUAAGAUCUUUCAACAAAUGGACUGAUGAUAUAUCGCAAGCUGGCAGCACCAUGACUGAGACAACUCAUGUGGGCGAACUAAGUGGUUCUUCCAUUGUGUCAAAGCUGCCCAUGGAUGGAGUAACUAUGUCAGAUGAAAUGGACCUGCUUGUUGAGCAAGUUAAGAUGCUUGCUGGAGAGAUUGCAUUCAACUCUAGUACUCUAAAGCGGCUGGUUGAGCAGUCUGUUAAUGACCCUGAAAGUUUCAAGACGCAGAUUCAAAGCUUGGAACAUGAAAUCCAUGAAAAGAGAACUCAGAUGAGAAUAUUAGAACAGCGAAUAGUUGAGAGUGGUGAAGCUUCAGUUGCCAAUGCAUCUAUGGUUGAAAUGCAGCAGAUGGUCAUGAAAUUAACAGCACAAUGUAGUGAGAAAGGCUUUGAGCUUGAGAUUAAAACUGCGGAUAACCGUGUUCUUCAGGAUCAGCUACAGAACAAGUGUGCUGAAAACAAAGAAUUGCAAGAGAAAAUCUUCCACCUGGAGCAGCAACUAGCUUCAGUUUCCAGUGACAAGAUUCCAUCUGAAGUCCAUAUGUCCGAUGAAUAUAAGGAGUUGAGAAGAAGGAUGCAGUCAAUGGAAAUUGACAGUGAGAAAAUGAAGCUAGAACAUGUUCAAACUGUGGAGGAGAAUAGUGGUUUACGUGUACAAAACCAGAAACUAUCGGAGGAAGCUUCUUAUGCUAAAGAACUAGCUUCUGCUGCUGCUGUAGAGCUAAAAAAUUUAGCUGGUGAAGUUACCAAGUUGUCAUUACAAAAUGCCAAAUUAGAAAAAGAAUUACAGGCUGCUCGGGAGUUGAGCUCCAAAAAUUCCAGCUUUCCCGUUGGAAACAGUGGUAGUCGCAGGCACUCAGAGAUCCAGAAGGGCGGUCGUAGAAGCCGGGCUUCUAGCCGAUCAAAUGAUGAUUUUGACUCAUGGAAUUUGGAUUCAGAUGAUUUGAAAUUGGAGUUACAGGCUCGGAAACAACGGGAGGCCACUCUGGAGGCUGCGUUGGCUGAGAAAGAAAUUUUGGAGGAUGAAUACCUCAAAAAGAUUGAAGAAGCCAAGAAGAGGGAGGCUUCCUUAGAGAAUGAUCUUGCAAACAUGUGGGUGCUUGUUGCUCAGUUAAAGAAAGACGGAAAUGAGCAGAAGAUGAACAGCAGCGUCAAUGAGGAGAGGGAACACAUAAGUGCUGCUCCUGGUGAUGGUGAAAAGGACCGAGCCCUCGGAGAUCAUGCCACACCGACUUCAAACACUACCAAGGAAGAACCUCUGGUUGUUCGCUUGAAGGCUCGAAUGCAGGAGAUGAAGGAGAAAGAACUCAAGUAUAAUACUGGGAAUGGAGAUGUGAAUUCUCAUGUAUGUAAAGUGUGUUUUGAAUCCCCUACAGCUGCAAUGCUUCUUCCAUGUCGUCAUUUUAGUUUAUGCAAGUCAUGUUCGUUGGCAUGUUCAGAAUGCCCCCUCUGCCGUACAAAGAUUGAAGAUAGGAUUUUUGCCUUCACUUGACUUUGGAGACAGUUGUUAAGGUGCUGGUGCUGGUGCUGGAGUGGGCAAUCAAUCCCUUUUAUGUACCUACUGCUUGAUUGAUAAUUACAAGUUGGCCGGCAGGCAGGUUCCAUUCUUUUGAUUUACCACCAAAACUAAAGUAAUCUAAACUGUAUGUAAACAAACACUACACACUUGUACACCUACCACAUUCAUUCGCCCAUGCCUUAUUUCUAUU